AUGACCACUAUGGGUGGCAAAGCAAAAGAGUCCACACCUGAUUCAGUUGGUUCAACUCAACCUAAAAAAGAUGGAAUAUUGGAACGAAUGAAUGUUGGAACUAAAGAAAACGCAAAUGAAGAUGUGAAUCGGAAUGAUACCCCAAAUGGAAAAUUAGAAGGUUCAACGAAAUUUGAUUCUAAUCAAAUAGAUUCAAGUGUCGGGUUGAAUGUUGCAUCAUUGAAUACGAUUGUCGUACCUGAGGUACAAAAAGAUUAUCAAAUUAACAAUGAUUCAACUUCAUUGAAAUCUAAUGGAGGCAAUACGGAAACUCAUUCGAUUAUGAAUAACUCGACCUCGGAAGAAUCGACUACAGAGGAUGAAGAAAAUUGUGAAGAAUCUGCAGAUGAAGAAACGACAACAAUCAGUGCAAUCGAAACUCAUCAACCGACUAAAGUUUCAGAACAAAAAGAUCAAAAAGGUUCUUCGAAUGUUCAACCAUCGCAACAAAAUUCUCAAACUAUCGGUUCUACAAUAAAUUCUGGUAUUCUAGCAUCAGGAAUACUUCUGGAAAAUGAAUCACCUUCUUUGAGUCAAAUGUCGACAAGUAAUUUGCAAAAAGCUCCUGUGAGUGAAAACAAUAAUUGAC